AUGUCCUCUGCUGGGCCUGCGUGGCCAAGAGUCCGAGCCCUGCGGGCGCUGUGGACACUGAUGGUGGCGCUAUCGGCUCCGUGGAGGCUGUGGGCGAUUGAGGAUAUCCAGGAGUGCACCUGGCACGUUGUCCUGAACGAGUUUAACAGAAUAGGCGAGAAUAGCGCGAGCGACCGGUUCUUUGUUCAAGAUCUCGUGGAUACAGUGGGCGGCGUGUUCCGUAUGCUGGUGGACUCAGCCAUCGAUCCAGACGAGAAAUACCUGGGCUUCCCUUACUACCUGAAGAUCAACUACUCCUGCGAGGGACAGCCCUCCGAGGACCUGGUCCGCAAGGGCCACCUGACGGGACUAAAGCCUCUGGUGCUGGUCACCUUCCAGUCCCCAGUCAACUUCUACCGCUGGAAGAUAGAGCAGCUGCAGAUCCAGAUGGAGGCAGCCCCCUUCCGCAGCAAAGAGCCGUGCAUGGCGGAGGAGGUGUGUGUCAUGAGCUGGUACACGCCCAUGCCCAUCAAGAACGGCAGCGUGGUCAUGGACGUGCACAUCCGCAGCAAUGGCCUGGGGCCCUUCGUUCCAGAUAAAAGGUUCCAGGUGAACAUCAACGGCUUCCUGAAGAGAGAGCAAGACAGCGCCGUCCGCUUCACGGUGGGAGAGGAGCUCACGGACCUGAAGCCCCAGUACUUUGUGAACAUGUCAUCGAGGCCGCUGUGGUUCACCGUGGACCAGUCACCCGUGUUCAUCCUGGGCGGCAUCCCCAACGAGAAGCACAUCCUGAUGAGUGACACCAGCUUCAAGGACUUCUCUCUCUUGGAGUUGAGCAUUGACAGUUGCUGGGUAGGCUCCUUCUACUGCCCCCAGUCUGGCUUCACAGCCACCAUCUACGACGCCAUCGCCACCGAGAGUACGCUCUUCAUCCGGCAGAACCAGCUCGUCUACUAUUUUACAGGCACCUACCCCAUACUCCAUGACAGCAACCAAGGCAGCGGCAGCUGGGUCCGCGUCCUGGCCUCCGAGUGCAUCAAGAGGUUGUGUCCUGUGCACUUCCCCGGCAACGGCUCCGAGUACGUAAUGGCCCUCACCGCUGGCAAGAAUGAGGGUUAUGUCCACUUUGGGACCAUCACAGAUGGCUACGUGUCCUUUGAGAUGCUGCCCAGGCAGUGGUCCGUGUGCGAACAGAUAGGAGUUGACAGCUGCUCCAUCACCUGGGCGGAAUUCAUCCCGGGCAACUAUUACCUACUGCUGCUGGUGGAGAAUAAGUACGUCAACGCCCAGCACGACUUCCAGAUGGUUGGCUACAACAUAGUUACUAAUGAACUGAAAAUCCACUACAAAAUCCCAGAAUUCAUCCCUGAAGCUCGAGGCCUGGAGUUCCUGAUGAUCCUAGGGACAGAGUCUUACACCAACACCAUGAUGCUACCCAAGGGCAUGUGCUAUAACCCAUACAACAACCUGCUGUUCAUCUGGGGCAACUUCCUCCUGCAGAGCGCUGACAUGGCGAACUUCAUCUACCUGGCAGACUUCCCCAAGGAACAGUCCAUCAGUUACCUGGUUAGAUCCUUCCAGGGGGACAUGGCUAUUGUCACAGAGACCGAGGAGAUCUGGUACCUUCUGGAGGGCAGCUACCAGCUGUACAAACUGUUCCCGUCCAGGGGGUGGGAGGUGCACCUCAGCCUGCAGGUGAUGCAGCGGUCCUCCCUCUACUCGCCCAGCGAGACCAUGGUGACCCUCUUCUACGAAGAUGGCAGAUUAAAGCAGCUGGUGUACCUUGUAGAAAACCAGCGGGGCCGGCUGGUCAAGAGGCCGGUGCCUGUAGAGACGCUGCUGAUGUACAUGCAGUACAACCGCUACGACUUGCAGCGGCAGGGGAGCCACUUGACGCUGUCCUUCGCCAACCUCUGCCCCUUCAUGGAGAUGAACCUGCGGGGCCUGCCCAACCCACAGAGGUACACGCGCCAGGAGCGCUACCGGGCGCGGCCGCCGCAAAUCUUGGAGCCCUCGGGCUUCCACAGCGAGAACUCGCUGGCCGUGUACCAGGGCCUCGUCUACUACCUGCUCUGGCUGCACUCCAAGUACGACAAGCCGUACGCGGACCCGGUGCACGACCCCACCUGGCGCUGGUGGAAGAACAAGAAACACGACAAGGAUUACUAUUUCUACCUGGCGAGCAACUGGCGGAGCGCGGGAGGCGUGCACAUCGACAUGGACAGCUACGAGAAGAUCUACGACCUCGAGCCCGAGUCCGAGCUGCCCGAGCGCAUUUUCCUGGACAAGGGCGCGCAGUACAACUUCUCCAUCUUCAUGACGGCGCAGGGCCGCCAGUUCCAGACGCCCCUGGCCCCCGAAGUCACCUACAGCCUGCGCAGCCCGGUGAGCGUGGGCGUGGUGCUGGCCGACCCCAGCUGCAUCGAGGCCACAGUGAAGCCGCAGGUCCUUAUCAAUCGCAAGUCGGUGCUGUUCGAGAUUGUGCUCAAGGAGAAAGAGUUUUGCUAUGACCAGGGCCUUAGUGGUCACCACCUCCUGAAGACUUCCCUGAGUGUCAAAGUGCUGGGUUCUUCCGGGCACUGCUUCCAGAACACGCACCAGGGGCCCCGUAUGCAAGGCAACCUGAUGUUACCUGUGCUUAUCGGCUGCCCCCCAGGCAAGCGCCUGGCCUUCGACAUUACCUACACGCUGGAGUACAACCACCUGCAGAACAAACACUACUUCGACUGCGUGCAUCUGGACCCCGAGAUGCCCUGCUUUCUCUACCGUGACAUUUUCUACCCCUUCUUCUUGAUUCAAGAUUUGGUGACGGGAGACUCUGGCAGUUUUCAGGGCAGCUUCGUGCUGAAGGUGGUGGGCGGCGGGCCCACACUGAACAGCAUCAGGGACUACAGCAAGGAGGAAAUCUACCGCUACAACAGCCCCCGGGACAACACCGAAAGCCUCAUCUGGACCACCAGAACCAAAAUAACCACCGAAGACAUGGCCUUCCACAUCAUGUCCCAUGGGAGCUCGGGCAUCGAGUGGCUGUGUCUGAAGAACUCUCCGUGCUAUGACACCAUUCCCCAGAGCAUCUUCUCCCCUGAAUUCUUCUUCAAGGUGUUGGUGAGCAAUAGAGGUGUGGACAACAGCACAUACUGCAACUACCAGCUCACCUUCCUGCUGCACAUCCACGGGCUCCCGCUCAGCAACACGCGGGCCCUCCUUAUCGUCAUGGUGUCAGCCAGCAUAUUUUUGGGCCUGGUGAUGUUAUACGUCAUCUUCUGCCUCAUGUGGCCCCUUAUGGUUAAGGCCUGCAACAUUCUCCGCUUUAAGAUCAACAACAUCCUUGCCUCAGGAAGCUACUACUCCUAUUCCACCUCUUCCAGAAUCUCUACAACACUGUCACAAAGCCCUGGGGCCAGCUCCGCGGUGGCACAGGAUGAGGCUAAACCUGAACUUGAGCAAACUUUGAAGAAGGAGUGGUUUAUCUGA